CCGAGAGAGAGGGAAACAAAAAACGUGACUAGGCACCCAAAGCGUCCUGUUAUGCAACAACUGACCUACUAACAUACAUUUAGAGAGUCAGAGAGAGAAGGAAAGAGAGAGAGAGAGAGAGAGAGAGAGAGAGAGAGAGAGAGAGAGAGAGGGGAGGAAAUAGAAAAGGAGAGAAAGAGAGAGAGAGGAAUUGGAGCAAACAUGACAUGAGGAGCGCACUGGAAACAAGCAUCACUGUGUUCACACUCUCGCAUACAGUCAGUCUACCUGCGCUAAUCGGAGAGCUGCUGUUUCGAAAGUGACGGACUGAAGGAGACAGAGACAGACCAGCAGCAGAUGCAGCAAAGCGGAUUGUAGGAAAUCUGUAUCCUCUGUGGAGUCUAUUCCUUUUUAGACAAAAAAAAAAGGCCUUUCAUCUCGCAUUCAACCGAAGAGAGACAGACAGACGGAGCGAGAGCGAAGCUCCCCAAGAGACUGACACACCGAGGUAGACGGGCCGACCUACAUCCUGCUGUUUGCGUGGGGAUCUAGGACUCCGCCAGCUUAACAACCAACAGCGGAAAAACCAGAAGAAAAGAGUCUGGACACUGAACCAAAAACCCCUUCAACUGGAUAAAUGAGGGUUGCUAAUGCUGAACUCCAGCUUUGGACACUUGAGUCCCCUCCUGUCAUAACUACACUGAACCUGCAAUAAACAGACCAAGAACUUUGCGAGAAAACCUUCAAAGUUGUUUUUCCCUUGGCCUCUGACCUGGUUCUUUGCCCCAAGAAACAUUUUAAACUGGCUGCCAAGAGACAAAAAUGGAAAAUCUAACUUCAGCUCUAAAGACAUUAACCAAAAACUCAGGGAAUAACCAUAACUGCAUCGAGACCUUCAGCAGUUAUGAAGAGUCUCUUCCUUCUGCCGAAGGGAGUCCGUCUCGCAUGGGGCGCCUCCCCAAAGGCAAAUCCAGCAUGAGCUGCAGGCGAAAGCGUGAGUUCAUUUCAGAUGAGAAGAAGGACGCCUGCUACUGGGAGAAACGCCGCAAAAAUAACGAGGCCGCCAAGCGCUCCAGGGAGAAGAGACGUCUCAAUGAUAUGGUUUUGGAGAACCGUGUCAUUGCACUGAAUGAUGAGAAUAUGAGGAUCAAGACAGAGCUGCUUCAGCUGAAGCUGCGCUUUGGCCUCAUAAGCACUGCCUCCUACAUUGAGAAGAGCCAGCAGAUGGGUGCAAGCAACAACGCGGGAAAUGGAGGCUCAUCCCCGUCCUCCCCCUCUUCUGCCCAGUACUACUCCAGCGGUUACUCUAGCGGCUCUCAGGUGAUGAUGAACUCUGAUUCUUCAGAAACGGAGCAGUCUGGACGCGGCGACGGCCACCGGCAGCUGGUGAAAUAUUCCCCACGUGGCUCCCUCUCCGACAUGUCCGACGGCUCCUCCAGGGACAGCCCCGAGCCAAUUCCCUUUGAGAUCAAACAGGAAGGUGAUAGGCUAGAGAUGGACAUUGCCAAUGGCACCACCACCCAGAUCAUGUUCAACAUCCACCGUGGUCUGGCCUCUGUGCCCACUCACCACCAGAUCCAGCAGCAUUCUCAGGAGCUGGAGGCUGCGUACCACAGCCAACAGCAGCACCACCAUCACCAACAACAACAACAACAACCCCAUCAGGAGACUAUCACUACUGUCACCCAGCCCGCCCCUCACCCACCUGCUGCCCAGAGGAGCGUCAUUCUGUAUGGCUCCAGCAGUGCCUCCUAUCCAGUGGACAGCCUGACGCGGCACUCAGAAGUCGACCUGCAGGCGGUCCAGAGGCAGAGCAGCGGCAGCAGCCAGACGUGUGUCAGCCGCCCGCCCCAGUCUGUUACAGAGAGCUCCACGGAGACUCUAGCUGAGGUGACGAAGCAGCUGGAGAGGAAGACAUUAGACUCUCCUCCGUACGAGCUCUCAGACAGCCGUAGUGAGACUGGAGAGAGACCGGUGUACAGAGUUUGCCCACUUCCCCAGCAGCACCUGCAGCAGGAGCAGCACCAGCAGGAGAGAGAUUCACCUGCAGAGCUCCUCCACAAACAAGUGGAGGGGGUCAACCACUCCCACCUGUACCACCACCUCCAGCAGCCUCAUCAUUCAUACCUCAGUGCCCAAGACGAGGAGCCGCCUGUGCUCACAUACGAGGGCGGGCACGGGAACAAGGCUUACUACCGAGGGCAAUCCUCUAGCAAGGACACAUCAUCCAGCGACGGAGAUCCCCGCAGCUCUGACAAAGAGGCCUCCACGGAUGACGACGAGUCCCCCUCCUCAUCCUGCUCAGACAUGGGCAGCUUCCACAACCAACAUCUCACCAGCUUCCACCAUCCUGCCUCGCCUCUGCGUUCCUCCCACGGCUGCUCUCAGGCACAGGGGGAGGUGAAGGGCACGGCGUUGCCCCACAAACUCAGACUCAAACACCGGGCCAUGAGCAGCGGGAGCAGCGGCCAGGAAUCCCCGACAACCCCUCCCUCCGCCACGCCGCCUCCCCUGCCCCAGCAUCCCUACUUGUCCCUCAUGCCACAGCAGAACAUUAUGCGAGAGAGCCCGGGCGUUGGCUGCAAACAGGUGGUCUUGGGGGAGGAGAGCAGGAAGGAGAGCGGGAAAAAGGAGACAGGUGGACGACGAAACAAGAGGCGAGAUUAGGUGAACUUUUGUCACGACAAAAAGACAAUUUGUCCUCUAAGAACUACCCUGCCAUCAUGCCUUUUGCCCUAUAAUCAAAUCCCCCAUUCCUCAAGCCCUCGGGACAGGAAGCUGGGCUUUUCUACUCCCCCUAUUCCCCAAUUUCACCAAAAAGGCUGGACAUUUUUUAGGGCUGUAUUAUACUUGUAUAUAUUGUACAGAUUUGUCAUUUCUUACAUCCUCUCCAUACUUACAGAAGCACUUUUGUUUAUGUGAUGAGAGGAGGAAUGGAACUACCUGCUUUUCUACUUUUUGUCAUCCAACAGUAUACAGCUGAGCACAUUUAGAUCACUUGCAAACAAGAAUGUAGGACAAGUUUUGAGCUUUAUCAGUACUAUAAAUUUGGUACAUAUCUGACUGUAGACAAACAUACACAUGUAUGGCUAUCUGCCUUAAUUAAAAAAUCUAAUGCAAACGUACACUGGGGACAUUCCCCUCGACCAAAGAAGCACCAACACUACAAAUAUCAAGUUCCAUACCUCUUCCCAGACCCUACCUCUACCAACCCAUCCUCUCCCCAACCAUCUCCAUUAUUUUCACAAAAGAUUGCCAUCACCUUUAUUUUUUAAGCACUUGGUUUGUAUAUGACUGUGAUAUAUGAAUAUAUGUAUCUAUUAUAAAUAUAUAUUUUACAAAGAAAAUUUGAAUACAAAUUCAACAAAAAAUGCGACAAACCUGCAAUGGUAAAAGAGGGUUUUUUGAAAGUGACCAUCCUAUUAUGAAUUACUGUACAGCCACGUUGUCCACCGUUGCUACAGGACCCAUUCGAGUUAAAAACGCCUCUCUCUUGAUUGUUAAGCUUUAGCAUUAAUCAUUCGUUAAUGCCCUGUUUACACAGAAAUGGCCGUCCGGUUUUGGAGCGCCAACAGCACUGAAUGGAGAACACGUUGUUUCCAGAGGCAAAGCGCCUCGUUAAAAUGUUUGGAUUUCUUAAACCUUUAACCAGCCUUUAAAUAUUCGGUGGAAUUCACCAGCUGCAGGCUUUAAGCCUUUAUCUUAUUUGAGCUUUAUCAACCAUAUCUUGUUGUUGUUACCAUUCACUGGCCCAAUGUAUUUAUUUCCCUCUUCUCCACACGCCCAUCACUGUAGAAAAGCCCACAGGGACAUAGACGGAGAAUGUGUACAGACCUUUUUAAGAUACAUACUGCAGCCUUGAGUUUGAACUGUAAUGGAGGUAUUGGGAUGCUUGGGGGGGCGAAAAACCGCAGAAGGAGUAAAGUCACAUUUUUGUAAACACACUACAGUGCACUGAGUUCUGAACAAGUUCCUCUUGCGUGAAGACCGAAGAAGAGUUACUGUACAUUAAUUGUAGUGUGACCAAGCAUGGCCCUUUAGGUUCAUAUUGGCUUUCAGAUAAUUAUUGUGAAAUAAAAGUUAAUGCAAAACCAAAAUUCUCUAAUUGUCCAAUUGGUGCCAGCGUUAAAAAUUCCCCAGCAACAAUCUGAGUUUAAAUUAAUGAAGAAGAAGAAGACCUCCCUCGUCUCCCAUGUGCCUCCAUUAUUCAUUUCAGGGGUUAUUCAUCCCUUUCUCAUGGUAGUUCUGCUACUGGGCAGUGAUGAAUUGCCUGCACUGGAUCCUAGUUUAGCAAAAGUCUAUGUACCACGUUUGGCUUUUUGGUGCUUGUGUAUAAAUGUAAAGUUCCCCUCCACACUCGAACAACACUGUAAUGUUUAUUUCAUUGGUUUUAUAUCCUCUUUUUUUCGUCGAGGUGUUGUUCCGUUUUCUCUAUGCUGUGUCUUUUCUCCUAUUGACUGUGAUGACAUGUAUUUGCCUCAUUCCUCCUCUCCCCCCACAAUCCCCCUUUUUUCAGUGUGUAUUAAUCAGUAAUGUUUGUGGUUUUGCUGAUGGUUUUAUGAAAAAGACAAGAGGACAAAAAAAAAAAAAAACAGGCGAAGAUAGUGUGGUGUUUAAAGAUGGGUGGCGGUUGGUCUGGUUGGUCAUUACCAUCGCUUCCUUUUGACAUGAAUAUGUAUGUAAAGACACUAAUGUUCAUUGUGGAAGAUGGGAGCAUUUCAAGAUCGAAAAUACAAUAAAAACAAUGUUGACUCUGUCAACAUAUCAUGAAAA